AUGAUGAAGAAUGUAUCUAAAGAAGAACAAAAGAAAACAGAAGAAAGCAAAGCCAAGAAGAACAGAAAACGGAAUAUUUUUCUAGCAAUGGAAACCAACACGAGAGAAAUGUUGAGAAAUUUGAAUCUCUCGAGGAUAAGAAUAGUCAAAAGCCAAAAAAGUGCUACAAGAGUUCAAUGA